CACAGGCACCUCCUCGGGCAACCGGCUGUGGGUCUUGCUCGCAAUGUGUUGUCCCGGAUAGGUUGUGGCGUUUUGUUAUGCUGCAGGUGCAAAGCGUCCACUUAGCCCCGAGCCUAGCUGUGAAGCAGCCAGGGAUUUCAAAACGUCCGCGGACCGGGGAGCCCUGCAGUUGACUGUGACGCCCGGCUCUCUGGUGCUUCGUUUUCCGGGGGGGCCUGGCAGCGUGGGGAUGCAGCAGCCCGGCCAGUCUCCCGCUGUCAGAGAGGCGGUCCGAGCGAGCCUGCAGAGCGACCCCGUGGCUGCGGACCUCCGCUGCAGCCUCUUCGUCUCCGCGGCUCAGAGCUACAAGCGCGACUCGGUCCUCAGGCCUUUCCCACCCCGGUACGUCAGCGGAGAGAACAAAGACUUCGACGCGCUGCUGGCAGACGUGAGUUCCAUCCCGAGUGUCAGAGACGUGGCGCGUCUGGGACCAGGGGAAGGCGAGGCCCAGCUUGGCCUGGUCCACUGGGUUUUAUCCUCCAAGAACUUCACUGUGAAGACGCUGCAGAGGGAAGAGUUCGUGAGAAUCCAGGAACUGGCGGAGCCCGAAGGACGGUGCGUUCCUGCCCCAGACUUCCUGUUUGAGCUGCAGUACUGUGACCAAGUGAACGCCAGGUUCCAGGAGACCAGAGGAGACCGGGACCUCAUCUACGCGUUUCACGGGAGCCGCCUGGAAAAUUUCCACUCCAUCCUCCACAACGGUUUACACUGUCACCUGAACAAGACCUCGCUGUUUGGUGAAGGCACUUACCUCACCAGUGACCUCAGCUUGGCCCUGCUCUACAGCCCCCAUGGCAACGGCUGGCACGAGAGUCUCCUGGGACCCGUGCUGAGCUGCAUCGCCGUGUGUGAGAUCAUCGACCACCCCGAUGUCAAGUGUCAGGUGAAGAAGAAAGACUCGGAGAGAAUCGACAGGCGUCGGGCCCGGGUGAGGAACAGCGAGGGCGGAGAUGUGCCUCAGAAGUAUUUUGUGGUGACCAAUAACCAGCUGUUGAGGGUGAAGUACCUGCUGGUCUACUCGGAGAAACAGCACCGGAGGAGGCACACAAGGCAAGUAUCAUGGCUGGCCAGGCACCACUUUGCUAUCACGAUGUGUCUGUAUUUGUUGUUGCUGAUAGUCAUCGGCGUGUUUAAUUCACCAGCAUUCCAGUCUUUUUGGAACAGACUUUUCAACGAAAGAAAAUGAGAAGCACUUUCGUACAUCAGCAACUCUUAUGAGUGCCUUAAUACAUCGGAACCAAGACAAUCUUGUUGGGAGCUGUAGUACCAUAGUCUGCUUCAUAAGCCUUGUUCCACAUGCUGUUUUGUUAUUAUUGUUUGCACAACAAAUAGUUUUUUUUUUUAAUGUUCUAACUCUCCUGCUUUCUCCCUCAUGAUGAGAGAGUUGUUUUUUUCCUUGCUGCUAGACAGAUGUCCUGUAAUUUGUUUUUAUUUUAGUUCUGUUUUUGGAUUGUACCUUUCUCAGUUCAAGCCUUAAAACAAGUAAUUGACUAAAUGGGUCAGAAUAUCACAGGCAACAACACUUGGCAUGCUUUUAAACAGGCAAAAGUAAAGUUUUUGCAUAGUUGUUGCUUGCAUAUAGUGGUCCCCAAAGCAUCUAAAGAUGGUCCUCCAGCAUCACAAUAGAUGUAUAACUAGGAUUCUAUAUCAGGAAGUCUCUUUUACUGCGGGAAGACCGUUCGCAGUCAAUGUGGGUCCAUAUUGCACUAUCACUGGCGGAGAGCUGUGGUGUGCCAGUCUAGAAAAUGCUGGGUUUUCAUGACACGGGACGUGUACAUUGUAUUUGUAAUCGUAGCAUUCCAAAACUUGCCAAAGUGUACCCUGGUAGUUAGAACAAACAAGGCUUUGGUGAUGUAUUUGGUGAGUUUUUGUUCAGUUUGUACUGGUCUGCACUGUGAUGGUUUUUGUUUCCUGGCUCCAGAAGAAUGUGCUUGGUGUUCAAAGCCAUGCUGCACAUGAAGCCUUACUGCAUUUCCUGUUGUCAUGUUCUCUAGUUUUGCCUUAUGUAUAGUCAGAGGAUGAGAUGAAUACAACAUAAUUACUUCUGAUGAAUGUGGGACUUUUAACAUGGGUUUUUAAAUCUAAAAACCUGCUAUGAUCUGUACUUGAUUUGUGUUUUUUAUACUUUAGAAAAUGCAUAGUACAAGCAGCCAUGUUUUCUUUACUAUUUAAAGAAGUUUUGUUGGGAGGAGCAUUAUGUUUGGAUAACGUGUUAUUCCCUGUCAUACUUUCGAUAAAGAAAAUAUUUGUUACCAGUGUGA